AUGGCCAACCCCGAGUCAGAGCUCAAGAAGGUCAUGUUUGUCCCCCUUGGUGUGUCAUAUCUCCUUGCUUUACAGUCACCCUAUCUAAUUGAUAUAGAAAACAAUCCCGAAGUCAUGACUACACUUGUUCAUAAGCUUGGCUUGUCCAAAGACCUUUCGUGGCACGACGUCUUUUCUCUCGACGAUCCUGAGCUUCUCGCCUUUGUUCCAAGACCGGCUCACGCUCUAUUACUAGUCUUUCCAGUGUCAAAAGCGUAUGAGAGGUUUCGAGCAGAAGAGGAUAAAGACUUGCCAGCUUAUACUGGAUUUGGACCUAAUGAAGAAGUCUUAUGGUUCAAACAAACAAUCGGCAAUGCAUGCGGCUUGAUGGGAUUACUGCAUGCGGUAUCCAAUGGAAUGACAAGAGAUCUCAUAGGUUCAAGCACUACCAAAUCUCCGGGACAGAUCAGGUCACUGACUCGUGCUAUAGUUCCUGCGACUCCACUUUCGAACCUCAUCACGGAAGCCAUCCCCCGCCCUCCAGCUGAACGUGUCAAGCUGAUUGAGACUUCCUCCGACCUUGCAACCGCUCAUGCUUCUGCAGCUGCAACAGGGAGUACGGAAGCACCUCCAGCCGAAGCCUCUAUAGACCUACAUUUUGUUGCCUUUGUCAAAUCAUCAGAAAAUAAUCUUUGGGAGCUUGAUGGCAGUCGAAAGGGGCCAUUAAACAGGGGAAAGCUCCCUGAAGGAGAAGACGUGCUUGGUGAGACGGCUAUUGACCUUGGGCCUCGCAAAUUCUUGAAACGUGAAGCGGAGUCGGCGGACGGCGAGCUAAGAUUCAGUAUACUUGCACUAGGACCAGGAUUCGGUUGA